GGUCCCUAUCAAUCGAUCAGAGAGAGGAAGAUGGCGGUGGAUAGAGAGAGCGGGGUAUGAUCGAUCACCGAAAAACUCGAUUGGGUUUGUUUAUCCUAAGUAACUUGUAGACCCCGGAGCGCCGUCUGUCCCUGUGAUUUAUACUUGGACUGGAGACGUAACGACGGAGAGGUAAUUCAGACUUUAGUCAAUGCAAAAAUGGCGCUGACGAAAGCUCUAGUAGCGCGCGAGCUGUGAAAACAAUCGGGGGUAAAGACGGGCUGGACUCCAUACUCCGCCAUCUUGUUCCUUCACUACAUGCAUGUCAAGGCACGCUAAAUUAAUCCCUGAUAACAAAGCUGCAAGGAUGGAGGAAUUGUAAUCGAUCCACUGUGGAACCCAGCUGUUAAGGCUAUAAGACAAACUUAAUUGGCUCAAAUAUCACCAAAGCUGUUGAUAUGUUUGUCACUUUAGUCCCGUGGCCAUUAUUUGGACCUAUAUUCUGGCGUUGCCGUGAAUUUACAUUCUGUGGUCCAGUGAGCUGAGUUUUAUAAUUAAUUUUGCUUGUUUUCGUUAACACUUGUUACAAGAACCCCUGCGGUUCUUUGUUUCCGUUUCUCUCGAAAAACGAGUGUGACACCAUUGGAGAAUAGCAGACAUAAGAUUCCAGUUGCAAUUUUGGACAUACAAAAAGCAAGAAAGCUAAAAAUAUCCAUAAAUUAUUAAUUAAUGCUCUGUCUUUAUGAGUUACUCUUUUCAUUUCGGCAUCUUUGUACACAUUACAAACCCACAUUUUGAACAGACUUUUAUUUCCCUAUCUAGGUUUCUUGUUCAUGAAGAAUUUAAAGCAGCUCAUAGGCCUACAUUUGCAUAUAGUUUUCACAGAAAAUAACUGUUUUCCCACAUGGAUAAAUGAGGUAAUAAUACAAAACUAGUCCAAAAGUGCCUGACAGGUAUAACAGAAAGACAACAGCAUUAUGAAUGUUAAAUAAGGAGCCUCGGCUAUAAAGAAAAGACAUCCAGUAAAUUCAACUUGUGUAUAAGACAGAUGGAACCUGGCAUAAUUUUGAAAAACAUGCAGAGAUUUAGAGUUGCAGCAUAUAUCCUAUUCAAUUUAUGGAAGAUUAUGAAGUGUUUAUAAUCAAAAUACAAUUCUCUCUAUUUAGUUUGUUCUCAAGGUCAAUUAAAUCCCUGAUUAUGAUAUGGGAUGUGCUUAGCUCCGUUAAAAAACAGCUUUUAUGUGCUAAAAUUUCGUGCCGUACUGUGAGUACAUUUCGAGCUUUCAACUUUUGCAAUUUUACUUCAGUGAAGGUGUUUUAUUCAUACUUUUUCUUUACCUGGAGUCUUAUACCUGUACAUAUUUGUAUUACAGUAGGAGACUUGUGUACUUCUGCCUCUGUUACAUCUCAAACACUUUAAUUUAACUUUUGCAUUAAACUAGUAUGUUGCUUUGUUUUGCAUAGGGAGAGCCCAUAGAGCCUGUUCCCACCUGUCAGCGCCUGCCGCCACCCUCAGGCAGUCAGGCGAAAGAUGGAGUUCCCCUGGCACAGCGGGAAGGUUCUGGAGCAGCUGGACCGCCAGCGAAAGCAGGGCCUGCUGUGUGACUGCACUUUUGUUGUUGAUGGGGUCAACUUCAAGGCCCACAAGGCUGUGCUGGCAGCCUGCAGUGUCUACUUCCGCACUCUGUUCCUGGACCAGAAAGAUGUGGUACAUCUGGACAUCAGCAAUGCAGCCGGUGGGUUCCUCAUUCGCAUGUGAACACAUAUUUCUGCUCACUGUAUAUUUUUGGAUUCAUUUAAUGAGUUAAACCAUUUUAAUCUUCUCUAGCUUGUAGUUUAACAUCAAGGGGGUUUACCAAAAUAAAAGCAGACCUACCCAGCCAUUUCAUUUGCAUUUUUACAUGCUGUCUUUCUGAUUAUUGUUUCAGGUUUGGGGCAGGUCUUGGAGUUUAUGUACACAGCGAAGCUGAAUUUAAGUCCACAGAACGUAGAAGAUGUGCGAACUGUCGCCAGCUUUCUGCAGAUGCAAGAAAUUGUAAACGCUUGCUCAGCGUACCAGUCAGUGGCAACUCAAGCUCCAUCUCUCAUUACACUGGAUUUUGCUGUUGGUGAGUUUGAUUUUUACUAAGAGCUUCACAAGUCUAUCAGUCACAUGCUGCACUAUCAGCAGCAGUGCUGAACUUGAUCAGUUACGACAGAAUAAUGAAAACAUUUCUGUUUCAAACCAGAUGGAAAACCAGUUGAAGAAGAGCAAGAACAGAAGCUGGAAAAUGACUUAGCAGAAGUUGCUUCACAAGCAGAGGAGGAGAAUCCUUUAAACGUCCCCACAGAGGAUGCAGAGCCCCAACAGAGUCAGGAAAACUUAGAGGAAGACAUUUCACCUGAAACUCAACAAAAUGCUCAUCAGACCAACACCACCAGAUCUCUCUCAGGCCGAGGCAGACCAUCCAAAAAUGUCCUGCUUUCUGCCCAAAAGAAGGUUUCUGUAAAGAAAGAGGAAGAGAGCGCUGCACAGGUGAUAUCAGGAUUUCAGGACGACCCAUCAGACACCGACUACAGACCAAGUAAAUACAGAUUUUCAGAAUGCUUCAUGUGAUACGUUUGCAUCUGAAUAUUUAACAUACUGAGUAAGAGUUUGUUCGCUUUAUUCCCAGAAUCACAGUUGAAAUCUGCUGACAGCUCCUCCUACAUGAGUUCUCGUGGGAGAAGAAUCAGAAAACCUCCUCGACGAAACUUCCCACCUGGUAAACCCAAACAUCUUUCUAACCCAACUCUUGUUAAGAAUAUUAUAACAAUAAUAUCAUAACUGUAUUACUAAUAUAAAUCUUCUAUCCAUGUAUAAAUACUUGUACGUGAUGUUUGCCGUUGCUGUUUCUGACCCUGUCAUGACAACCGAAUGAAAAGUUUUAAGAAAAAGUAGUUCAGAGGUUAAAUAAAAACCCAGGCAGGAACAUUUUUAGGAAUUGUUACACAAGAAACUUCCAUGACACUACUUUUAUUAUUCUUGUGUUUCUUAGGUCCCAGACUGCCAAUUAAAUUCAAAGAGCAGUCAAAUAUUUACUUUUUUUAAAAGUACAUUUUAAGUAUCCUCUAUUUCUAUUUACAUUGGCAGACCAUGACUCUGAAGAUGAAGGCCCAUCAAAGAAAAAGACAGCAAGGAAGGCGACCGAGCCAACAGAAGUGACAGAACAGGAGGGGAACAACCCUGUGGAGACUAUCAAUGUAGAUGCUGAUGAUGAAGAGGGGGCUGGAGAAGGAGAUGGCGAGGCCAGCAGCCAAGCAGAGGGACUCGAUUCUGGCAGUGAAGGAGAUGGCACACAAACUCAGUCAGUGUCUAUAAGCAGCCGAUCAGAGUCGAAGCCUUACAGCUCAGUGACACACAAAUGUGAGGUGAGAAAUCUGGGUAUCGGGAUAAUUAAAGAGUCAACUUGAAGUUUGUAACACAUUGUAUUUGUGUUGCUGUUUAUCUCAUAGCGUGGAAGUUGUUAUCAUCACAUAUACCUACAAGCCAAAAAAUUACUGUACAUCAGAUAGUCACAGGCAGCCACCCACUUUUCCUCAUAGUGUGUGCAGAUACCUAUGCAUUAAAGUACCACCCCAAAUGUUUUAAUUUUUACUACUUAAAGUGUUCUCAGUGGUCUUUAAAUUGUGAUUCUGAAAAUCGCAAUUACCAAAAUCACGUUACCUGGGCUUUUCUUCAGCAGAGCUCCAGUAUCUCAUUAGCGAUUCGCCCCUGAGUUGUGGGCGGAGACAGCGCUGCUCUCCACACUCCUCUUCACGCUAGCUUGCAGCCUAACAAUGCCUGUGUAGUAGAAAUAGCAGGUAACAUAGGAGCUAUUCAGUUCUCAGACACUAAUGUCUUAAGGGACAUGAUGAAAGUAAAUAUCAUAAUAAGCUUUAGUGGUGCAACGGAUCACAACACUCACGAAUCGGAUCGUUCCUCGGAUCAAGAGUCACGGAUCGGAUCAUUUUUCGGAUCAGCAAAAAGCAGUUUUGUCUGUAUAUUAAACACUUAAAUGGUUGAAUUAAAAUAUCUAAAAGUAGUGCAUACGGCAUAAUAUCUUCUUUUCAACAUAAUUAUUAAUGAAAAACAACUUAAAGUGCAAUAUAUAGGCAUAUCUCCUUCCUUUAAAAUGUAACAAUGAACCAAAAAUGAAGUAUGUGCGCGGUGGGAUAUUGUAACGUGGCUCAAGCACUUUCAGCAUGUUUUUAAAGCCCUCGUUUGCACAACUGAAUAUGGCCUCAUGUCUGUAGCUAUAAACACACCGAUAGCGUUUGUGAUAGCUUUAACCCGGUCGGAUUGCGCAGGAAGAGGCUGCUUAAAUGCUGCGGUGAUGAGCGGUUGCUGGCCAGCUUUCGUUUUAUCUCAGGUGUUGUGACAUUGAAUGCACCCCUGCCGUAGAAUGCACCCCCUGACAGGAGCGCGGUUUAAAGUACAUAACGAGGCGAAAUAAUCCAAGUUUUUCUUACAUUGGAUGGAUUCAAAAGCGUUUGCCUGUAUUAAUUUCAUUCAGGCUAUUCAAAGAAGCCAAAAACAACAGCCCUUGGAAUAUUGCUGUCCCGAAAAUAUAAUGCUCUCUACCUGGACAGCUUUCUGUACAGUUUAUACCCAAGUACACCUGUAUAUUUGCAUUUUUGAGACACAUAAAAAGAAAAUGAAAGUUUACUGCUCCAUUUGACAUGUUGUCAUGAUCUAAUACUCGUGUUUCUUUAAAUAUGAGAUCAUUAUCUCCACUUUAAGAAGCUAACGAGUGGAGGGGAUGCAGGGGUGCGUUCUACGGCAGGGGUGCAGUCUACGGCACAACACCUGUCAUUAAAACACCCGGGUGAUGUCGCUUUCAAAUGCGUGAACAUGCUCGAUGUGUUUCCACUGUCAUAUGGCUUUCUUAUGCCACAGUGCCUACACACCUUCGCAGUUUUGUCCACUGACCUCUUUCCUUCCUCAUCAUAGUUGACAGGGAAGCCAAAUUUUUUUUUUCAGAAAUCGAACCGCGGGUAACGUGUGUGCCGAACCGAUGACGUCGAUCCGAACGGAUCACGGAUCAAUGAUGAUCCGUUGCACCACUAAUAAGCUUUCUUACGAGUAUUGCAAUCCGCGAACGCACACGCUUGUUCCAUAAUCGUCCUCUCUGCUUUUCUGAGUGUGACCUGCAUAGCAAGGCUCUGGGGGCGGAGCUUGGCUUUGCUACGUAGGAAAUCUCACUGUAUCAAAUCCUGCUGUUUGGGCCUGCAUAGAGAUUCACAGCGAUUUGAACAAAUACUCCGAAAUGCAAUUUCGCACUUACUUUUCUCAUGAUAUGUCCUGUAGCAUCAGAAAAAUGCCAUAUGAACAUGUAGACAACAAGAAAAACAUGAUUUCAAUAGGAGUGGGUCUUUAAGCAUAGAAAUACUGCACACAGAGUUAUUGCAAAAUGUGCAAAGAAUAAGCAACCUUGGCCCUUUGAAGCACCAUAAAAAAACACAAAAGCAAACCAGGACAUCAUCGAUAAGAAUGGUGAUGCAUGACACAGAUGCCACCAGGUGACUGGUGACAAACAAAGAGCGUGAAGAUAAACUGCUGAAGAAGCUGCUGUUUACAAGGAGUCACAGUAAAUGAUACAUUUGAUCGAUUAAAGACAGCAGGAUAAGACUCUUCACUAGAAACAUUGACAGAUGACCAGGAUGUAUUUGCAAUAGAUUAUAGUUGUUUUAGUAAAUGAAUCUAAAGGUUUAGUCAGCUCAGUCUUCAUGCCUAUUACUUCUUUUUUCAAGGACUGUGGGAAGAAAUUCACUCACACUGGUAACUUCAAGAGACACAUGCGCAUCCACACAGGAGAGAAGCCCUUCAGCUGUCGAGACUGUAACAAAGCUUUCUCUGACCCCGCAGCCUGUAAAGCUCAUGAGAAAACACACAGGUGAGUUACAACACACAUCGAAGUUCAUCUUCACUCAGAGCUCAGUCAGAAGUGAGGUUAAAUUUGGAUUUUGUUGAUUUGUAGCCCUUUGAAGCCGUACUCCUGCUCCACAUGCGGGAAGAGCUACCGGCAGAUUAGCCUGCUCAACCUGCACCGCAAACGCCACACCGGCGAGGCGCGUUACAGCUGUGACAUGUGCAGCAAGCUGUUUACCACAUCUGGAAACCUGAAGCGCCACCAGCUGGUGCACAGCGGUGAGAAGCCGUACCAAUGUGACUACUGCGACAGGGCCUUCUCUGACCCCACCGCCAAGAUGAGACAUCUGGAGACACACGACACAGAGAAAGGCAACAAGUGUCCUUACUGUGACAAAAGAUUCAACCAGGUAACAACAUGUCCUAAGAAAAAAACUGCAUCACUUUUUCCUCCAAAAUCUAAAUAAAUGGUGCAUUUAAAGAGGACUUCAGCAAUAUUUACUAAAUAGUUAGACAGCGGAAGUUCUACGUUUAUUCUUAAACUGUGUGGUGUUGUGUUUUCUUCAGCUGGGGAACCUUAGAGCCCACUUAAAGAUCCACAUCACAGACGGGCCUCUGAAGUGCAAAGAAUGUGGGAAACAGUUCACCACUUCAGGUAAGUGGACUGUACAGACUAUGUUUCAUUGACUCUUAUCUGUCCUUGUCUACAUAAAAAUCUGGAAUUAUUAGAGAUUUGAAUUUGUAUGAAAAAAACACCAGUUAUGAUUUUUAUUACUUGGCUUUCUUACUCGUGGCCCGCCUGUUAUAGAUUCUCACCUCUAGUUGGUCACAAUCCCAUAACACUGGUAAAUAUACAUGGAAAGCAAGAGAAAUGCCAGGGACAACCAGAUCACCCCCAUUGGAUUAUUACUUUGUUCUGUUUUCAACCAGGAGAAAAAGACUCUAUUUCAAAGGUUGACCCGGGAGGACAGACAGCAGCACGAUAAUAAACGUUUCUGACAGACAAGAGCAGCCAUACAAACUUAAGUCAUACAAAGUACAUAGUACACCUAUAGUACAUGAAAGUAAAUGAAAGCAAAGUCUUGUAUAAACCAACUAAAACCAUAAGAAUAUAAAGCAGAACAAAUGCAGCCAAAUGUGCUGGCCUUCAAACUGUUAAGGAUUACCCAAUAGGAGCAGCACCUUUAGCUUCAGCACUUGAUGAUAAUCAUGCAGGUAAAGGGAGCAGCCAGCUUAAAACAUCUUUCACCGGUUCACGUCCGACCUCCCAGACAGACAGGAAGAGAAGUUCCUGGGUCUAAAGAUCGUUUGUUCCUGUGCUUUUCAGUCUUUUGUAGGUUAGACAUUUUGAAGGAAGCGGAUCUUAUACAGACUUACAAUCAAGAACACACCAGUGUUUGAGUCUACAAGCACACAAGCAGCCAACAUGUUAAUAAAGCAAAUAGGGGUGAGUGAGAGCUCUAAACUCAGCGAUGAACCUCUGUACUUUUAGUGUGCAAAGUAUGAGAGCAGUAACAGGAGGUGUUCAUAUGCAAGUCAUCGUUUUAAUUCAGUUUUGACCCACAAGUGGCAGAUGCGGGUCUAUUCUGGGCUGGAAAGAAAGAGAGGAUUUAAUUUUGAAAUAAAAAAAAACCAGCUGAAGUUUAAUCCUCCCCCAGCUGCUCUAUUUGAGAUGUAAAAUUAUUAUUCAUAGUUAUCUGCACUGAUGCUCAUAUUCUUAGUUCCUUCAGAGGUGGAGAUCAAAUGCAGAUCUGGUGGCUUGAAUUCUACAUCAAACCGAUCUGCAAAGAAGCCUCUAGUACAUUUCUAAAGUGAACAAACAUUUAGAUUCAUAGUUAUUGGCCAGUCAAGGUUAGGGGAAAAGAAAAGAAGAGGAGGAAAAUGGUGCAGAAACUAUCAAGGGAUGUAAAAAAAAAACCAACACAAACCAACUAUAAACGUGAACAAAAAUAUGAAAUUGUUAGGAACACUGUUGUUUUUAAGAUGUAACUAACUUUUAGAUCAGAGGGACUGCCUCUUUCAGCUGCAUGUAAAAAUUACUGUAAAAUCAAUAAUAUCAUCUUUAGAUCAGAAGUAUGUAUAAACUUUAUCUCACCCUGUCAGGCCUCUGGUCAGCAUGACCACACACUACACAGUAUCCCUUUUUUAUCUUGAAUGCAGCAACAUUACUGUCUGCAUAUUUGAGAAGUAAUAUUUGGCUUUCAUUUUCAACAUUGAGCAGAUUGUUGAAGUGCCCUCCGGCCUUGUAAGAGAAGGUAACGUUGAAACUUGUUGCAUCUCAAUUAGACUCUGAAAUAAUUUGUCCAACAAAGUUAAGUGAGAUCUGAAAAUGAAUAGAAGUUCAGAAGGAAGGAAAUAAACAAGGGAACCUGUCCCAGAAGAUACACAAGCGAACAAACUUUCCUCUGCUGUCAUCUUGAUUGCACGUUUUCAAGAGUACAAGAGUUUCUUUACGGUGUUGUGUCUUUGCUUCUGACCCUUUAUCCUAAUCUAGAGUGAUUGUACCUGAUUUUCAGGAAAUUUGAAGAGACACCUGCGGGUUCACAGUGGGGAGAAACCAUACAUCUGUAUGCACUGUCAGAGAGCUUUCAGUGACCCUGGAGCUCUGCAGCGGCAUGAACGCAUCCACACAGGUACUCAUUUAUAUGAGGAAUACAGCUAAAGAAAAUGAGAGUAGCAGGGUUUUUAUUUUUUAAUCUCUCAUGAUAUUUACACUCAAACAUGCUGGAAUUGAUUCUUAACAGGAGAGAAGCCCUGUGUCUGUCCUGUCUGUAGCAAGGCCUUCACUCAGGCCAGCUCGCUCAUUGCCCACGUACGGCAGCACACUGGGGAGAAGCCCUACGUGUGUGACCGCUGUGGGAAAAGGUAAGUAAGGAAAUAUAUCAGUGAUCCAACACAACACUUAUGAUUGAGACACAGCAAGAUAACCUGAGUAGGACUAACAAGGAUAUUUGGAAAUAUUUAAAAGCUGAAAGUGUAAAAAGUGAGGGUCACAGUUAAAUGUCAGGUCUUUGGUUUUUCCAAAAAAGUGACCCUGGAAUGCAACAAAAAACAUGUAAUUUUCCUUUUACUUUUGUGAACUUUUGAUCUGGUUCAUUCACAACAGCAAAAGGCUCUUACAUCUUGUCUCUCGUUCUCUGUGGACAGGUUUGUGCAGUCCAGUCAACUAGCCAAUCACAUUCGUCAUCACGACAAUGUCCGGCCGCACAAGUGUCACAUGUGCAACAAGGCAUUUGUUAAUGUUGGAGACCUCUCGAAGCACAAAAUCAUUCACACAGGUAUGAAAAGUUAAGAGUCAGAUAAUAAUACAGAGCUUAGAGGUGGUUGAGAGAAGUAUGACCAUUGAAGCUUCCACUCUUAAAUAUUCAGUCCUCUUUCUCCCUGUCUCACUUUCCCAGGAGAGAAACCGUUCCUGUGUGAUAAAUGUGGCAGAGGGUUCAACCGCGUCGACAACCUGCGCUCUCACGUCAAAACUGUCCACCAUGGCAAGGCCGGCAUGAAGUGGUUAGUGCUCACCGAAGGAGGCGUAGACGAUGGGGUCGAUGAAUGUGCGGUGGCGUCCACCUCUGAAAGUGAGAUCAACAUAGUCACCGUCACCACAGAUGACAUCUUCCCACUGGCAACAGAAGCUCUGGCAGCAAGUGCUGUUGGCCAGCUGACAGGUGAGAGAGAGCAUCUACAAGUCUGAGUCUGAAAUUAUAGAGGAAAUGCAGAAAACUCAUUGAACUUCGAAAGAUUUAAAAAUAUCACAAAGAUAAAGAAAGAUUAGCUGAAUGAUGAGACGUUUUUGUAUUGUUUCAUUUUCAGUCGUGCCAGUCGCUGCUUCAGUGUCUGCAGAUGAGACAGAAGCUUUAAAAGCUGAAAUCACCAAAGCUGUGGAGAAAGUGCAAGAAGCAGGUAAGACAGGAGGACACUCACUGCAAUUAAUUUUGAGACAUCUGUGUUUAAUAGCAUCUAUAUUAAAAAAUCCAGGAAUGGGGUCGGGAGCAGCCUGUAGAGUAUGACAGGAUGUGAGAUUUGGAACAGAAUGGAGAGCAGGACACAAAGUUAGCAACCUCAUAACCACAUAUUUGAGAAUGAAAUAAACAAGAAAUCAGGAAAUAAGUUUAUAUUUGCUGUUUCAGCAUUAAUUUAUACUGGGCCAUGAGAUAAAUUUGGACACAUUUUGUAAUAGUGGAGUUAUUGUGAUAGUGAACUUCAAUUUAUUAACCAUUAAAGGAGCCACAUCUUAAAGGCAUCUCACAAUUUCUUAUAGUGUUUUAGGGAAUUGCUAAAUGAACUUGAAACCAACAAUAAUCCUGUCAUGUAGUCACCCCUGUCUUUGUAAAGCACACUUUUUGCACAAUAAAAAUAUAUUUGAAAAAAAAAAACAAAGACACACACACAAUAAACCUUGUAGUGCACAAAGCUUGGUGAAAGAAAUAUGGCUUAGAGGAAACUUAAAAACAAGAGGCCAUCACAAGUGCAUCAAACAUGAAAACCCUUACAAAAUUUCCCGUUGAAACACAAGUGUCACUGAUGCUCAUGAGAUAAUACCAUCAUACUGAAGAUGUGCAAUUAACAGAGCUUUAACUCUAACACUGAUACAGUAAAUAACGGCUUUAAAAACAACAGUAAAACAAGAAGCAAAAUCUUGACUCCGGCUCCACAUUCUUGGAUGGCACAACAACAAAAUGUUGUUUUUAUUUUACAGAAACAUUUUAGAAAAAGACACAAGGUUAAACUUACUUACAAAUUUUUAAAAACUUACUUACAAUUUUUUUCAACACUGAGUUUUUCUAUUACGGUAGUUUGUAGUGAGUAGGGGGUCAGAGAGAAGCAUUCAACUUCCUGGCAAUCAGCAACUCAUACAUGCACUUACCAGCCCUGCAACCAAAGCGCAGAUUGCAAGAUGGCAUUUUCAAGGAGGACUAACUUUGCUGUGAACUUCGCUUGUGUUUCAGACCCAAACACCCAAAUCCUGUACGCUUGUGAUUCAUGCGGUGAUAAAUUCUUGGAUGCCAGCUCCCUCGCACAGCACGUACGCAUCCACACAGCUCAGGCCCUGGUGAUGUUUCAGGCGGACUCUGACUUCUAUCAGUACACAACAGCCAACACUGCAGAGGGGGAUUCUGCUACAACAUGGCAACCCACAGCGGAGCAGGUCAUACAGGAAGGAGAGCUGGUCCUCCAGGCUCAGGCUGGAGAGGGAGAAGGAGGGGUAGAGGGAGAGGGAGAGGGAGAGAUGGAGGAUGGGGGCAAGAAGAAAGAUCAGGAGGAGGAUUCAUGAGGAGGAUGGAGAGGUGGAAAAACACAGGCCCAGUACAAAUCUCUACACGGCUUAGAGAAGUUCAGUACAUUAUUUGAGAGGAUAUGGUGUUAAGAGGAGUCUUAUCUGUUGUCAUAACCUUUUUCAAACAAUACUAUCCAAGGGUAUGUGGUCAUAAACCAGGUCUUUGCUGUCUUUUUUAGAAGAAACAAGGUGAGAUCCCAGUAUGAGGUCAUUUAAUUCAGAAACAGUAGAAAUACUUUGUAUAGUUUGUUUAUUUUUAGACUUAAAUGCAGGGUUAUGCAUUGUCUUUUGUAUCAAAUGUUCAGGUAUCAUUCCUGUCUUAUCCUUUCCAGCUUAAAGAAAGAACUAUGUGUUAUUUUCCUUUCACCCAGAUGAGAUAUGUAUAUUUCCAUAAACUGUCAAUAUUUAAAUAUUUUCUUGUACGUAGUGAAGCAUUUUCUUGAAAAUCAUAUACAGAGAUAUUUACUUGAUCAUUUGAGGGUACUAAGAAUCAAUAAGAAGGUUAUUAAUUGUUCUUUUUUUUCUAGAGGUGGGAUGUUGUAAAUUGAUGUACUUUCAAACAUGCAAAGCCUGUGCAUGUGUAAUAUUUGUACAUUUGUUAUGUUUCCUCUAAAAAGGUCUUAGCACCUAUAAUACAAGAUUAAAUAUGUGACAAGCUAGUCAACAUUUCUCAGCUUCUUGGUUUGUCAUAUUGGUAUGAUGGUGGUUAACUGUCGAUAACUACUUUUUGUUAUAUUUUCUGUUAAUAUUAACAUGUGUUGCAAAUCUCAUAUAAUAUUAGAAACAUGUUUCACUCAUCACUUGGUUAAUAAAUUAUCCUUACACAGCUUAA